AUGUCGGCUCCGAACGGGGAAGAAGCUGAUGACCGCAAUGUUGAGAUUUGGAAGAUCAAGAAGCUCAUCCGGAAUUUAGAACUCGCGCGAGGAAAUGGUACUUCGAUGAUUUCAUUGAUCAUCCCGCCCAAGGACCAGAUCGCCCGCGUCGCCCGAAUGUUGGCCGACGAGUUCGGAACGGCGUCGAACAUCAAAUCGCGAGUGAAUCGGCUGUCUGUCCUCGGCGCCAUUACCUCCGUACAAGGCCGAUUGAAGCUAUGGACAAAAGUUCCGCCCAACGGCCUCGUUAUUUAUUGCGGCACGAUAUUGACGGAUGACGGCAAGGAAAAGAAGGUCAACAUUGAUUUCGAGCCGUUCAAGCCUAUCAACACCUCCUUGUACCUUUGCGACAACAAAUUCCACACAGAGGCGCUUCAAGCCCUUCUCGCCGAUGACACGAAAUUCGGGUUCAUCAUCAUGGACGGUAACGGCACACUGUUCGGCACGCUACAAGGAAAUUCUCGCGAGGUCCUCCACAAGUUUACCGUCGAAUUACCAAAGAAGCACGGCCGUGGUGGUCAAUCAGCGCUGCGUUUCGCGCGUCUCCGAAUGGAGAAGCGUCACAACUACGUGCGCAAGGUGGCCGAGAUAUCCGUGGAGAUGUUUAUUAAAAACGAUAAGGUUGCCGUCGCUGGCCUCGUACUCGCCGGUUCCGCAGAUUUCAAAACGGAGCUCGGCCAAUCGGACAUGUUUGAUCAGCGUUUACAAGCGAAAAUCAUCAAGACUGUCGACAUUUCGUACGGUGGCGAGAACGGCUUCAACCAGGCCAUCGAGCUGGCCGCCGAAUCGCUGUCGAACGUCAAGUUUAUCCAGGAGAAGAAGCUGAUCCAGAACUAUUUCGACGAGAUCAGCCAGGACACUGGCCGUUACGUUUAUGGAGUGAAGGACACGCUACAAGGCCUCGAGAUGGGCGCCGUGGAGACGUUGGUGUGCUGGGAAAAUUUGGACAUUACAAGGUACAAGCUGAGAAACAACGCCGGCACCGAAACCAUCCUUCACCUGCGGCCCGAAGAAGAAAAGGACAAGUCGUACUUCAUCGACCGCGAGACGAACACCGAGAUGGAGCUCGUCGAGUCGGUGUCGCUGCUCGAGUGGCUCGCCAACAACUACAAGACGUUCGGCACCGUGCUCGAGAUUGUCACCGACAAGUCGCAAGAGGGCGCCCAGUUCGUGCGUGGUUUUGGUGGAAUUGGAGGUCUUCUCCGCUAUCGCGUCGACUUCCAAGCGCAAGAUAUGGCCGACGACCUGGACGGCAUCGACCUCGACGACUAC